UAUGCCUCCAGUUUUGGAAUCGUAUGCAGAGAGUUCCAGUGGUGUAAAUCAAAAUGCGGUUAUUUCACCAGUGAAUGCCAAUAAAUGAAGAGAAAAUUGAGGAUAGCCGCUAUAAUAGAGUCCUGAUCCGAAACUGGUUCUAGAUGUCCAGCACCCUGAAGUUCUCUGCAGCCUAAAAUGGCAACUCCACAAACACCAGUGGCUGAGGAUAUGACAGAAGUGAACUGUAAUGCCUCCCUCUCCUUUAGUCGACCUACCAAUCAAAUUGUGGAGAAUCCUGAUUUGGAAAACGGCAUAAAAACUGAAAUGGAUGAUGAUGGUUAUGAGUCACCUGCCAGUCCUGGUGAAGGACCUCUGAAGAUCGUGGUCAUAAAUGAGGAAGGAGAGGAGGAAGAGGUGGAAUGGGGCACGGACAGAGAAGAGGAAGAGGUGGAGUGUGGCACAGAGCGCAGUCACAAUGACUCUUCUACAAAAAGAGACAAUAAACAGAUCCAGUCUGAUGGAAGACGAGAAUCAGAGGGGAAAGGCGGACACACAGCAACGUCGGACCAUCAAACAGCAUCGCCGGAUCAUCCAUCAGCAAAGACGGAUCAUCAAACCAGGCCCCGGUUUCAGUGCCCUCACUGUGAAAAGAGCUUCGCUCACAUGGGAACGCUCAAUAAACACCUGGUGGCACACCUGGUGGACAACCCGUUCCAGUGCUCUGACUGCGGAAAGAACUUUGGUUACGCGGACACGCUGAAGAAACACCAGAGGAUCCAUUCGGGAGAAAAGCCGUUCGAGUGCACCCAGUGUGGAAAGACGUUCGGACGAAUGGCUCAUCUGGUGUCCCAUCAGAGGCUCCACUCCGGGGAAAAGCCAUACGGGUGCACGCAGUGCGAUAAGACAUUCGCCCACGUGUCCAGUCUCAAAGCCCACGAGGCUACUCAUACGGGGGAGACGCCGCACGAGUGCGCUCAGUGCGGGAAGCGCUUUGCUGCCACGUCUAACCUGCAGGUCCACAUGAGGGUCCACUCGGGGGAGAAACCCUAUGCCUGCUCUCAGUGCGGGAAGCGGUUUGGAUACAUCAGCAACCUGAAAGACCACCAGCGGAUUCACCAGGGGGUGAAGCCAUUCGAGUGCUCGCACUGCGGAAAGAGAUUCAGCCAAAUGUCCAGCCACAGACGCCACGAGAUGAUCCAUUUAGCCAAAUGACAAACCCCACCAGAUGAUCCACAUAGGGGAAAAAUCCAUAUGAGUCCCAGCAGCCAUUUUGUGGAUGGCCAGAAUGGAGGGCUUUGGUUCCCCCGGUGUGGUCGUCUUGGUUCCACUGGGAACCAAAGCACCUGCUGAAGUUGCCUUCACUCAGAGACACUUUGCAGGUGAAAAACAUGUGGACAGUACAAUCACACAGUAUAAGGAAAGACUGGUAACACUUAAUUUUAAUGGUUUAACCAUUACAGUGGACCUACCAUAAGAGGCACAGUGUAAUAACCAGUGUAACAAUAUAUAAUACCAUGUAAUACCAGUUACACACACAUACAUGGUACAUGAUGUUACACUGGUAUUACGGUACAUGUUUAUACUAUUACACUGGUUAUUACACUUCACCUAAUGUGGUAGAUCCACUGUCAUAGUGAACCAUUAAAAUAAAGUGUUACCGAAAGACUGAAAAUAUGCGGAGGAUGCAUCCUCUCAUCAUCAGGAACUGUCCCAUACCAUAGGACACUGAGAGUGCGUUACAAUAUGCGACCUUGCCUCCUCCACUUGUGCUUGUCUCCUCGUACCAGGAAGUAAUAUGUCAUGAUUACAUCACUGACCACAGCAUCAUAUUUCAAUAUCUUGCAAAAGUUCAAUUGUAAAGCCUUCUUCUCAUUUGCAAUUGGGAUGGUGAAUCAAAAACAGUCCCUCAAAAGUUGUUGUGGCUAGGCUGACAGCUGGGAAACUUUAUCGUUUUCUCGACGUAGGAGGGGCCAGGAGGUGGGGCGAGGCCACAAGCACAAGUGGAGGAGGCAAGGUUGCAUAUUGGAACGCACUCUGAGAGUGGCGUUUGGGCCUUUGAAAAAAUGUUUUCUAUGAAAUUCAGAACUUGUUGCAGCAUGACUAAAACAGGGUAAAGUCAUUAUGAGGGAAGGGAAAUGUUUCGCCAAAGUUUUUCUUUACACUUGUUUUCCUUUACUUAUGUAUGUGUUCAAUUGAGAUUGACUGACUGGUUGACUACUUGAAAAUAAACAAAAAUAAGCUUGUUGAAAUAUGUUGGACCACCAGUUGUGUUGUGUAGAAGUCAGGUGGAGACAGCUGACAUUGCUGUUAGACAACUGCUCGAAUUGAUAUUUUUUUGUUAAGCACAUAAUUCUAUACGUCGUCAUGUACAGUUUGAUGCCCUCAACAUAAAUCUCCAAUGUACCUUAAAUAGCCACUAAAAUAAAGAUAAUGUUUUGAAUGAGAAUCUA